AUGGACUUUGUGGCCGACUUCAAAAAAGAGCUGCGGCAUUGUCCACGGGAGUCCCGACUCGUCUUCCUGCUCUGGGGUGUCGACGCACUAAAGGGAGGCCCGACCAUCGAUCAUACUGCCGUUGGCGGAGAUCCCGACCUGAGAACCUAUCAAUAUUUGGCCCAGGCGUCACUGCCAAUGUUUGAUCAUAACAACAUCCUCCGCCAAGGCCAAAUCAUGCUCCCUCUGUCGACACAACGUGACUGGGCCGUACAGCCUUGGGGUGGCCAGCCCUUGCUCUGCUCCGAACGAGAUGCUGUCGUCAUAAUUUCUUUGCCAGGAUAUGACUACGACGUCCACUUCCCCGAUAUUAGCGACGUGGAGCCGGCACUGCCGAUGAGCUUCUACGACAUGCCCGAGCAUCAACAGGAGGAAAUCGAGGAUCUACUCGAGCUCAAGGACCCCGAAAAGCUGGAGCAAGAGUGGAAGGAGCUGCUAUGGGAAAAGCGAUACCAUCUGAUGAACAGCUCGGAGGCGUUGCCCCUGGUUUUGGCCAGCGUUCCGGAUUGGGCCUAUGGAUGGCUGCCAAAUAUCUAUCCGCUGAUCGAGGGAUGGACGAUACUGUCACCAGUGGAGGCCAUUCAGCUCUUGUUACCUCAAUACCCCGAUCGAGUCGUCCGCUCAAAAGCCGUCGAAUGGAUCAGGAGGGCAUCCAGUGAUUUCCUAUUUAACUUUAUGCCCCAGCUCGUCGAGGUGCUCCGAUUUGAGCUGUAUGAAGACUCUUCAUUGGCUGAACUUUUGCUAGAACUCUCCUACAAAGAUCUGCGAUUCGCUUACGAGCUGUAUUGGCAACUGCAACAGCGAGUGGACCAUUGCCCGGCCAACGACUUUUCCGCGAACACGGCCUGUUACGUCAGGAGGUGCCAAAUGUUGCAGAAGGAGCUGUUGUCAAGAAAGGAAUCCGCCCUCCUCACCCACAGCAUCUACCUGCAGCACAAACUUUUGAACACCCUAGACGACCUUCAACGAGAACUGAAGAUCACUACGGAUAGCGAAAAGCUCAAUAUCCUCCGACAGCGCCUCGGUUUCCUGGAUGGAGAUUUGCUCGGCAGAAACAUCGACGUUGCCAAGUGCGGAAUCUUCAACUCGAACGCCAAGCCGUUGCGCAUUGUCUUCCGUGGGCUGAAGAGCAAAUUUUCAGUGAUUCACAAGGACGGCGAUGACAUGCGCCAAGACGCGCUUGUGAUCCAGCUAGUUCGGGUGAUGAACGACAUCUGGUUGUGCGAGGGACUGGACCUGCGGAUGAUCACUUUCCGUUGCGCUACAGUUGGAUAUAGGAAAGGCAUGGCCGAGCUCGUGUCCGACUGCCAAACCCUGUGCGACAUCCAAAAAGCCGAGGGCAUGGCCGGGGUCUUCAAGGACGACGUGUUAUGCAAGUGGCUGGAGAAGUACAACUCAUCCGAGUAUAGCUAUAAAGUGGCGGAGGACAACUUCCGGCGCUCGUGCGCAGGGUGGUGCGUGGCGACGUUUGUGCUGGGGAUUGGAGAUCGUCACAACGACAACAUCCUAUUGACGUCGAUGGGCCACGUCUUCCACAUCGAUUUCGGGAAGUAUAUGGGCGAUUGGCAGAUGGCUGGACCGGUGAAGAGAGACCGAGUCCCGUUCGUCUUCACCAAGGAGAUGUACGCCGUCAUCAACCGGGGCGAGGUCCAGGGCGCCAACGAUGGCUAUCAAUCGUUCAUCGAUUUCUGUUGCCAAGCCUUCAACCACCUGCGGAGUAAACACGCCCAUAUUUUGAGCUUGUUGAAAAUUAUGCAAUGCUCCGACAUCCCUGGUAUCAACGCGCAAUCUCUGCAUUUUGUGCAAAAGAACCUGAUGCUCGGUAUGAGCGACACCGACGCGACGGCUGAAUUUACGAAGAUGAUCACGAUCUCUCUCGGCUCAACGUUCGUCCGGCUGAACUUCUUCGCGCACACCUUCGCCCAAAUGCUGAGCGGACAAACUGUACGACCAAUUGACCAGCCAGAUACGCUGUCAUUUGUACCUCAUCGGCAUACGAUGGAAACCGACGGCCGAAUCCAGGACGUAAAGCUCCUAUACCCGGAAAAACGCAUGAUGCCCCAGAAAGUUUAUCUGUACCGAAUGGUUGUCUACCGAGAUCAGGAAACCAUUGCCACCACCGUAUACCGUUCGUUUGCCGAAUUCGAGGAGUUGGCUUUGAAGCUGAAGAUGCGGCACCAUUCCUCAGCUCCAAACUGGGUGAAAGAAAACGCACGGUCCAACAACCGGGAAGUGGCUCUGAAACGGUUGUCGGCUAUGAAGGACUACCUGCGAGUACUUCUUCACGGCGCGCCUUCAGCAGUGCGAAACGACCCACUCGUCUACACGUUUUUCCAUAUCAUCCUCCGGGACAACACACUCCAGAAUGGACCUGAAGUCCUGGAGCCAGCAGCCGGCCGUCCCGUCCAAAUCCGGCUUCUGCUCUCCUGGCAAGCGACCACGAGCCAGUUGAAGGUUUUUGUCGGGCAUGUCAAGCAUCUACCAAUGUUGACGACCGGACAGGCCCCAGACUCCUACGUCAAAACCUAUCUUCGUCCGGAUCAGAAUUCCAAGAAAAAGACGAAAAUCGUAAGGUCUUCGUUGAACCCAACGUUCAAUGAAGAGCUCUGCUACGACAUUGGCGAAGUUCGAGACGUAAAACGAUUCCUCGAUGGCCAUUCGCUAGACAUUUCAAUCUGGAGCGCCGGAGGGUUGAAGGACAACAACAAAAUGUUCCACACCCAAAUCCAGCUCCAUCGACUGUACAACAAGACUGCUGACCGGAAGGGGAAUUUAUCGUGGGACGAUUGGCAUGAUUUGUCCAAGUUUGGGCUUCAUCUGCCGCAUUCU